AUGAGUAAGAACGAAGAGAUAUUAUCCAAGGCAACUCCCAAUUUUAUUUACAAAUUUUUUACAGAACCCAAUUCUCAAGAAUCAUUAAAUUGGUUGAAUGGAGAAAUAAAUUUGAUAUGUUUUAGUCAAAUGAAUGCAGGAGCAAAUCAGACAUUUUUAAAAGUAAUAGAUGGAUCGAUUCCUCCACAAUAUUAUGCUAUAGUUCAUUUAGGAAUUGAAGAAAAUAAUAAUACAAUAUCUUAUGUAAAGAAAAUAAUUAGUAUUGAAAACUUUUCUAUAACAAAUUAUUAUGGCAAAUUAUUUAUCUUAGCAAAAAAAGUUACAGUAUAUUUAAAUAUUGAUCAUUUUGAUAUUGAGGAUUUAUUUAAAAAAUAUCAUUUACAAAGUAUAUCAUAUUUUUUAUUAAAUUCUAAAAAUGAAAAUAAUUCUAGAGAAAACUAUGCUCGUAUUGCAAAUGAAAGUAACAAUAAUAAUAAUGUUAAUAGUGUCAAUAAUAAUAGUACCUAUAGUGCUUGUAGUGGCAGCCUUCCAGGAUAUACAAACAGAGAUGAAAAUAAAUCUAGAGACUAUUAUAAUCGUUCAAAUGAUGACACUAAUAAUGAUGUUAACAUAAAGGAUAAUUACUAUCACAAUAAUAAUAAUAAUCACAAUAAUAAUCAUAAUAAUCACAAUAAUAAUCAUAAUAAUCAUAAUAAUAAUCAUAAUAAUCACAAUAAUCAUAAUAAUCAUAAUAAUCAUAAUAGGGGAGAAAAUUGGGAACAACUCAGAGACAAUUAUAAACCCAAUGAAUAUUAUAAUAAUAAUGAAAAAACAUAUAACCAUAAUACUUAUAACAGACAAAACAAUGAACAUGUUAUGAAAGAAGACAAUAAUAAAAGUUUUAUGACACCUGCUCAUCUUAAUGACGAUAAUAGAAUAGACAAAAAAACAAAUUAUAUGGAUAAUACUAUAGAUAAACAAAAUCGAGGUAAAUUUGUUUAUAAAGAAAAUCCUAAUAUACCUAAUUAUAAUUCGAAUGUAGAUGAUUAUGAAAAUAAAAAUGAUUUACAUAAAUCUUUUUCAUCACAAAAAAGUACUAAUACUUAUAAUAAAGGACCUUCUGAAUAUAAUAGAAAUAAUAUGUGUUAUGAAAAUAAUUCUCCAGGUAAUGAAUCUUACAAUAAAAAUAUUAGAUCCCAUAAUAAUGAAAAUAAUAAUUAUUAUUAUCAUAAUAAUAAUAAUAAUAAUAAUUAUCAUCAUAAUAAUAAUAUGAAUACAAAUCCGAGACACGCGACUCAUAACCAGCCAUAUGAUUAUAACAACCAUAGUAGAGAUUAUGAUAAUAAAAAUGAAGAAUCGUCAAAAAUGUAUAUGAAUUCUAGUUGUGUGCCUCAUGCAACGAAUAUUGUAAAAUUAAAUAGAUGUGAUGAAUCAUUACAUGAGCGAUAUUUUUCUAUAGACAAUAAUAAUAAUAAUAUGAAUAGUAUGAAUAGUAUAAGUAAUAAUAAUAAUAAUAAUAAUAAUAGUGUGGUUAUGGGUCACCCCAGCGGCAGCUACAAUCAUGAAAGCGAUUCAAAUAACAUUCAUAAUAAUAAUAAUAAUAGUUGUAGUAGUAAACAUAAUAAUUAUCAUACAUAUGAUAGAUAUAUGAAUCCAUCUAACCAUCAUCAGAAUUAUAAUAAUAAAGAUGAAUAUACAUACACAAAUAAUGACGAUGGUCAUAGUAAAAUAAGAAAAGAAGAUAUAGGAAGUAACCAAGAAUUAAGAGAUUAUAAUUAUAAUGAAAAUAAUAUGAAUAUUAUAAAAAAGGAUGAAAAAAUGAUGAAGGAUAAAACAUUAAAUAGAAAUAACAGGAAGAGUACUCCUUAUCAAAAUAAUGCGGUUAUAAAAAUGACAGAUGGUAUAUUAAUGCAAAUAAAUAAACUAUCACAAUAUUCUUCAAAAUGGAUUAUUAAGGCUAGAGUUCAAUCAAAAGAUAAUAUUAGAAGAUAUACAUCUGGAAGUAAAGAAGGACAAGUCUUUAACAUUGAAUUGUGUGAUGAAGAUGGUGAAAUAAAAGCAAAUUUUUUUGGAAAGGCUGUUGACAAAUGGUAUGAUUUUAUAGAAGUUGGUAAGAUUUAUAAAAUUGGUAAAGGUAUGAUAAAAGUAGCAAAUAAAAAAUUUAAUACUUUAAAUCAUGAUUAUGAAAUUACUUUAGAUGAGAAUUCUUUAAUAGAAGUAUUAGAUGAAGAAAAUGAAAAUAUUCCAAAAUAUAAUUAUAAUUUUAUAUCUAUAGAUAAUAUAAAAAAUAUGAAUACUGGUUCAUUUGUAGAUAUUAUGGCUAUAGUAUUAAAUUAUCAAGAAAAAAUGCAAAUAUUUGUUAAAAAAACUGGACAAUAUAAAGAUAAAAGAGAUGUCAUAUUAAUAGAUGAAAGUUUUGAAACUAUACCUGUAACAUUAUGGGAAAAAAAUGCAUGUAUAAUUGAUGAAAUGGAUUUAAGAGAUAAUUGUAUUGUAUGCUUUAAAUAUUUAAAAAUAGGUGAAUGGCAAGGAAAAAAAUUAGAAUCACAUGCACGUACAAAAAUUGAAAUUAAUCCUAGCAAUAUAGAAAAAGCAUAUACUCUAAAAAAUUGGUGGAUUAAUAAUAAAAAAAUUAUUUGUAAUUCUAUAAACUUAAGUUCAAAUUUUAUUAAUAUUGAUACACAAAAAACUAUACAAGAAAUUAAAAAAGAUGUAAAUCUAGCAAAUGAAGAUACAUUAUCUGGUAAAGGUAUUAUGUUCACUACUUAUGGAUUUAUAGAUCAAAUUUAUAAUAAUAUGCCAGUAUAUUCAGCAUGUCCAGACUGUAAUAAAAAAAUGAUAAGUAAUUCAGUUGAAGAAAAUGAAUAUGAACCUUCAAAUUUAUUAGAAGAAACCAUGUAUUGUGCAAAAUGUAAUAAAAAUAAUAUACCUGUCUAUAAUUAUUAUAUUAAUCUAAAAAUCACAGAUAGUACUGAUUCUAUAAGAGCUUCCGCAUUUGCUAAUUGUGCUAAAAUUAUUAUGAACGGAUUAUCAGCUGAUGAAUAUAUGAAACUAAGACAAGAAUAUAUACUACAAGAAAAUAUUGAAAACUUUGAUAUUAUAGAAAAAAUCAAAUUAAACGAAUUCUUUUUUCGUAUUAAAGUAUAUAUGACAUCUCAUAUGGAUGAAUUGAAAAAAAAUUAUACAAUCAUAGAUAUUGCUCCUGUUGGAAAACUUCUUAUAGAUAACUGUAGGUAUCUUAUCAAAUCUAUAAAAAAUCUAACCUCUAAAAGGGAUAUAGACCAAGAAGAAUAA